UUGAACGUUUGGUGUUAUUUUUUUUAAAAUUAAGAACUUAAUGGAUAAUGAAUAAAUAAAAUGACUGAUAGAAAAAGAUAGAACGGUUCGUCGUAGUUGUGCGCCAUUCGCCUCGGUUACCCUGACAACGAGACGCACACAACAUGGCAUCCACCGUACAUUUGGAGAUCGUCGGUCUUUUAAAUAAACAUAAUUUUCAAAUAGCCAAAAGCAUUGCCGAGGGACUGAAAAAUAAAUUCCCGGAAUCAUUUGAUGAUCCAACAAUUCGCCCGUUGCUGGAAUGUGACUGGCAUGACUAUUUAUCGAAUAAAAAGAGGGAGCUGAAGGGGGAGGUUUGGCAGUACAGCGGUUGUCUAAUGUCCUUUGCAAACGGUCAGUUGCUCGGUGAUGAGAGGAAACUGUCCAGCUGGGCAGAGAAAGAGUGGAAGUUUUCUUUCCAUCGACCACAGGCGCUUUAUAAAGCCCUGGCUGAGGAGUAUUACACCAGCAACCUGCGAAGCACAGGGCAUAUUUUUGUUUAUAUGGAUAUUGAAAGCGGUGGAGAGGCCUUUGGCAGACUGUUGUUUGAGCUGUUCUCAGACUUGUGUCCAAAGACGUGUAGGAAUUUUAAGGCCUUGUGCACUGGAGAGGCAGGUUUGUCCAAGAGCAACCUUGCGCUGAGCUAUAAGGGCUCAAUUUUCCACAGAGUUGUGCGAAAUGGCUGGCUGCAGGGUGGAGAUAUUUCACCUGAAAGGAAAGGCAAUUGGGGAGAGACUAUCUAUGGCCCAACAUUUGAGGAUGAGAAUUUUGUCGUAUCCAACAACAAGCGUGGCAUUCUGGGAAUGGCUAAUAAAGGUGCUCAUAGCAAUGGCUCUCAGUUCUACAUCACACUGCAGCCAGCGUCCUGGAUGGACCACAAAUAUGUGGCUUUUGGACAACUUGUUGAGGGCACAGAGGUUCUGAAGAGACUAGAGGCAGUGCCCACCUACAACGAGAGGCCCAAACAGGACUGCAAAAUAUCAGCAUGUGGAGUAUUUGAGCCCUGAGUAACCACAUACUGCCUAUAGAUCAAGAAAGCAAUACAAGAAGCAUUUUUAAUAACCGUUAUUAAUAUAUGUAGAAAUACUUUUGUGCUUUUCCAUGUAAAGUUAAAAAAUAAACCCAACAAAAACCUCAAUUUAUAUACUACUAGUACUGUUUAUUUCUGUGGCACCCAUGGCAAAUGGAUUUCAGCAUCUUGUUAUGCUGCCUUGUCAGAUUCGGAUACACUGCUAUAUGUCUGUAGCUGUUUAUAAAAGAACCAAAAUGCUUUCCGGAGUAUGAAAUAGAGGAGUUUAGGCAUUGCCGGAGAGGAUUUGGUGAACAUUAAAGCAAUUCCGUGUGAAAAAGAGAGGGGAAACGGAUCAUGGUAACUUCUUAUGCUGCCUUGUUGGAUUUGGUGACCAGGCUGUAUGUAGCUAAAUGCAUUCUAAAAUACAGAAGAGAGAAAUUUAGAAAUAUGAAGAACAAUAAAUGCAUUCUGUGUGAAAUAAAGGGGUGUAACAUUUCUGUGACCUGUAUGCUUCAAAACCGAGUGAAUCUGGAGAACAUUAAAUCCAUUCAAAUAGUUUUCAAUAACUUCUUAUGCUGCCUUCAACCGAAUAAUGAAUUCCACUCAUUCAGCUGUAGGGGGCUCCCAAAGGGCAAAAAUACACAUAAUUUCAUGCAGCUGCUUUAAGUAUUUUAAGUACGUCCUUAAAACAGUGGUUAUCACUCCAGUCCUGCUCUCCACAUUUUGCAUGAAUCCCUUAUUUAACACACCUGAAUGAGAUCAUCAGCUCUUUAGUUCAGUUCAUGGAUCUCAAUCUGGGGCUGCAUGUAUAAAGCCGCUCAGAUUAAAGUUUUAGUUCUAAGUGUGUCAAAAUUCUAAGAAUGGCGUAAUUUUACUCUUAUUCCUAGACUUCCUAAGUGUUAAG